AUGCAGUGGAACAUGUCCGCAAUGCCGAUCGUGCUUGCCGACUUUGCAGAUGCGCUGGCCAGCCUGCUUGGUCUCCGCAUGCUGCGUCUCGCCAGCUGUUCCAAAGCCUGCCAGCACGCCUUCGACCACGACCCACGAAUUUGGGGCGCGCUGCUUCAGUAUGAAAUCAACUUUCGGAACAUCCAAAAUAGAGAUGCUGUGGCAACGUCGAUCUUUAAGCGACUUCCGUCGACGGCGAAGUACUUGAAGCUCGAUCUGGGCAACUGUUGUUGGAAGCGGGAGGGCGAUAUCAUCAGCGACGAGACGUUUAGGCUGCUGGUGCGGAGCAUUCCGAAGUCUCUUCACGAGCUCUCCCUGAUGUACAUGAGGCCACGAGGGAAGGUGUGCAGCGCUCUCGGUGUGGACUUCGCCAGGAGCUUGCCUAGCAGCCUACGGAAGCUGGAGCUCUUCGUCGACCUGUCACGGGAAGCGACGCUGACACUGUUGGGGUGCCUUCCGCGCCAGCUCUGCGAGCUGAACAUGCAUGUCGGAGACCGCCUGAAGUGGAACGCGGAGGCCUUCCGGACCCUGGCAGAAGGCUUCCCGCAGCAGCUGCAAAUCCUGGACCUCGAUCUCGACGCAGACCUCAGGGAAGUGACCCCGCUGGCGACGCAGCUGGCCGCAUCACAGCUCACCACGCUACGCUUGAGCCUGGGGAGCAUCACAGGGGUGGAGGGUUUGGGCGCUCUCUUCGCGGCCCUCCCUCCAAGCCUGGAAGAGUUGCAGCUUCUUCUGGAUCACAUCGGCGUCUGCGACCGCAGCUGCGAGGAGCUGGGCCGCAGCUUGCGGCGUUGCUCGCGCCUGCGGGAUCUGGAGCUCUACAUGGGCAGCUGCGAGGUUUGGCGUGUUUUGCAGGCUCCGUGCAGGAGUCUCAAGCACUUGGAGCUGAGCUUGCAGAGUCUCGGUCAAGCAGAUGCGAAGCAGCUCAGCAACUUUGUGAAUGCAGCCGAUUUGGGCCGACUUGGACUCUACCUUGAGGGACCUCAGCCCGAGGUCCGCCAGGCCCUCGCCGCCCUUCCAGUAUCGCUUCAGGGCCUGGACUUCAGCGUGUGGGAUCGCAGCGUGGGGGACGACGCUCUGCUGUCGCUGGCGCGCGUGAUUCCUCCUCAGCUGCGGGAUCUCCACGUCUCCUUCAUGGAGGGGGACUAUGUGCCUCCGGAAAGCAUCAAGGAACUGCUGACCCGGCUACCUGAGACGCUGCACACGCUGAGCCUCAGCUUCGAGUGGUCGGGCUUCAGCCAGCUCACUGCCUUUCACUUCCCGGCAAAGCUCCGGACACUGUCACUCUCAGGCGGCCUGGAUGCGGCAGAGCGGCCGCAGCAGGUGCCCUUCAUCGCCUCGCUGGCGCGUGAGCUCCCCCGGCUAGGGCAUCUGCGGAGGCUGUCCCUGAACUUCGAAGGUUGCCACUGGACGGCUGCAGAGGCCUCACAGGUCCUGGCCGCCUCCGGUCCACUGGUGAAGAAGCUGGACGCCGACUUCGGCACCAUCCUCUUCAAGGAGGACACGCCGGACAGCUGGGAGGCCCUUUUGGGCCCCUUCCAGGAGCGGUUUGGCGGAACGAUCAGGAUGCCGGAGGGCACCGACCGAGACGACACGCUCUAUGAUGCGUUUGGGUCUUCCAGAGAAUCGGAGGCGACCGAGUCAGGCGACGAGGUCGACUGA